GUCUCAGCAUUUGGUUCAAUAGAACACACUUAUUUCGAUAGCUUGGAACAAAAUCUGUAAAUCAAACGCCGUAAAGCAUUUAAAUUAAAAACCAAAAAAAUGUCCUUGUACAAUUGGACUCGUUCCUGCCUGAAGGUCCAUCGCCUGGCGCUCUGCACCUCGCAUCUGCAGCGCCUCAAGUCCGACUACUCGAAGACCAUUUGCAAUUUGAAGAUCAACAAGGAGACGAAGCUGCUGGUGCAGGGCUUCACGGGCAAGCAGGCCACCUUCCACGCCGAGGAGGCCCAGAAGUAUGGCACUACGAUUGUGGGCGGCACCUCGCCCAAAAAGGGCGGCACCACCCACAUGGACCUGCCCGUCUUCAAGAACGUGAAGGAGGCCGUCAAGGCCGUCAAGCCGGACGCCACGGUGAUCUUCAUUCCGCCAUCGACGGCAGCCAUCGGCAUAUGCGCCGCCAUUGAGAACGAGGUGGGACUGAUUGUGGCCAUCACAGAGGGUAUUCCGCAGGUGGACAUGGUGCGCAUUCUGCAGAUGCUGCACAGCCAGGAGAAGUCGCGUCUGCUGGGACCCAACUGCCCGGGAAUCAUAUCGCCCGAGCAGUGCAAGAUCGGCAUCAUGCCCGGCCACAUCCACAAGCGCGGCUGCGUGGGCAUCGUCUCGCGCUCCGGCACCCUCACCUAUGAGGCUGUGCAUCAGACAACGAGCGUGGGCCUGGGACAGACCCUGUGCAUCGGCGUUGGCGGCGAUCCCUUCAAUGGCACCAACUUCAUCGACGCCCUCAACAUAUUCCUCUACGACAAGGAGACCAAGGGCAUCAUACUCAUCGGCGAAAUCGGCGGCUCCGCCGAGGAGGAGGCAGCGGACUUCCUCAAGGCAAACAACUCGGGCUGUGAUGCAAAGCCAGUGGUGGCAUUUAUAGCCGGCGUCACAGCUCCGCCGGGACGCCGCAUGGGUCAUGCUGGCGCCAUCAUAUCCGGCGGCAAGGGUGCCGCCUCCGACAAGCUGAAGGCCCUGAAGGCCGCUGGUGCCUUGAUCGCCCUCAAUCCCAACCACCUGGGCAGCAUACUCCACACGGAGAUGGUGCGCAAGAAGCUGGUCAGCCCCAAGUAGUGGGCAGCCGGGCACCACCCUACGGACGGCCGAACGAUGCGGCGAAAAGCUAUCAACUGAUGUACCAUUGAAUUUCAUUGCUGAUUCGUGAUUCUGGUUUUCCACAACGUUUAAUUCUAUACGAGACUUCCAA